AUAAUAAGAAGACUUUUCAAAUCUCACUCGUCAGAACUCUCCUCUCAUUAUCCUUUCCCACUGGAUCCAAAACCACCCAUCUUCGAAUCUCGCUGUCCCUUCACACACGUCAAGCUUUUCUGGGUACCCAUUUGGAUUCUUUAGUUUGCUUGCUGGAACUAUAUUUGUGUGGUUAACUCGUGAACCUCAUCUGGGAAGUUGUACCAUAUAAAUAUAGUGUUUGAUGCUGUUACGUGGUUAAUGGUAAAAGUUUCAACUUUUAAGGAAUAAAGGGGUGUUCAUUUUGGAGCUGUUCUGAAUAGGAAAAUUAGUCUCUUAUGAGCUUGGAGAAUCUGGUUUUGAUUUUAUUAUAGCCAACUAUGAUUGGUAGAAAGAACAUGGGACGGGCUUCACCAAUAUUGCUGGUACUGUUGGCUCUUGGGUUUUUCUUUGCAACAUAUAAUUUGUUGACAAUGAUAUUCCACUAUAGAUCUAGUGGGAAUAGGGAAGGUGCAUUAUCAUCUGACCCGAUUAUUGAGAUGCCUGAGAGUGCGAGGAAUCUGAAGAAUGCCAAGUUACCAUUCCAUAUUGCAUUAACAGCCACGGAUGCUCCUUACAGCAAAUGGCAGUGUCGCAUCAUGUACUACUGGUAUAAGAAGCAGAAGGAGUUGCCAGGAUCAGAGAUGGGAGGAUUCACUCGGAUUUUGCAUUCAGGUAAUCCUGACAACUUGAUGGAUGAGAUUCCUACAAUGGUGGUUGAUCCUCUUCCUUCAGGUCUUGAUCGGGGAUACGUUGUCUUAAAUAGACCAUGGGCCUUUGUGCAAUGGCUACAAAAGGCGACAAUAGAGGAAGAAUACAUUUUGAUGGCAGAGCCUGAUCACAUCUUUAUAAAGCCACUGCCUAAUUUGGCACGUGUGGGAUAUCCUGCUGCCUUUCCAUUUUUCUACAUUAAGCCUGAUCAGCAUGAGAAAAUUGUAAGGAAGUUCUAUCCUGAGGAGAAAGGCCCUGUGAAA